AAUAAUCGAAGUAGGCUCUACACGUUAAGUAGGCCGUUCGUACGCACGCCGCACCGGAAACUUUCCCGGAUCUACAAAUUCUUCACAUUGGCCUAUUUGUCAUUUGAGAAUAUCCUUUGUAGUCUGACAUGUGCAACUAGUAUUACAGACUGUCACAAGAAAGAGCGUUCAAAAAGGAAAACAACCCUUUCUGUUGUAUGGAUACUGUUACGUGUGUGAGGACGCCAAUCCAUCUGAACCAGCUUUGCCAAUAUUUCUCUUGAGUCAUGUCUACGAGUGAGAAUCAAGAAGCACAUGCUCCCUCUGAAAUCAACACAGCCAAGGAAUCAGAGGAGAGACCCUCUGGAAGUGGCACAGCCACAGACGCAAGGACUGGUAUCAAAGCAGGUUCCAUUAGCUCACCAAUAGGAAGGCCUGCAUUGCGAGGAGCAGGGUACCAGGCAAGAAAUGACCAGUCAUCUGCAUUCCGUUUUCCAGGGUUCAUAGAAUCACUCACUGAUGAGGCCCAGCUGCGAUACCGCAUGGAUCACCCCAAGCGGGGACUGGCCAUGGUCUUCAACCACGAGAACUUCUCCAUGUCCGUCGGCAUGAACAGGCGGAUAGGAACUGAGCUGGAUGCCCGGAACCUACGCAAGCACUUGGGCAAAAUAGGCUUCGAAGUGGUGGUGUUCCAGGACUUGAGGAUAGGAGAAAUUAAAAGGCAGUUUGAACGAGCGGCCUUUGAGAUGGACCACUCAGAUUCAGACUGCUUCCUGUGUGCAUUUCUGACGCACGGAGACGAUGGCAUUAUCUACGGUUACGAUGGCACCCUGCCAAUACAAGACUUGUUUGACUACUUCCGAGGUGAAAACUGUCCCUCGCUAGUGGGCAAGCCAAAGAUCUUCUUAGUACAGGCCUGUCGAGGUGACAAACAUGAAAUCGGUCUGGAAACAGACGCCCUAGGUGACAAGGAUGAACCGGAUUCAUACGGCUACACAGUUGUAGACGGGGGACCAACCCCAACCGUUCCAGCUGGGGCGGACAUGCUCAUCUGUUACUCUGUAACGCAAGGUUUUUACUCGCAUCGAGACACGUCCCUGGGAUCCUGGUUCAUCCAGGCACUAAGCCAAGUCAUGGAGAAGUACGGCAGCACCAUGGAGUUCACCACCAUACUGACCGUGGUGAAUCGCCUGGUAGCCCAGCGCUCCGUGGAGAGGUGCCUGGACCCCAGCAUGAUCGGCAAGAAGCAGAUCCCCUGCUUCAUGUCGAUGCUGACCAAACAGUUGGUGUUCACGCCCAAGUGAAAGCAAGACAAUUGGAGCUCUGAAGUCAACCGGUGUCUCUCUGUAGAGGGACAGGCCGAUAAUGUGACAAAUCAGUGUAGUGCAUUUCGCAGUGCAUGGCGUACUGUCAAUGCACUUUACACCCUAUCCCUGCUCACUGGUCCCAGAAACAACCCUAUGCACCCUGUCAACUCCCUGGGGGGUAUCCACCUUAAGUAGAAGCCCCCCCCUUUAUCAGUUACAAAGAGCCAUGUUGGUCGGGAGUGUUUGAUGGUAGCGAUGCGACCAUAACACAUGCAUUUCACAGUCGCCUGUGAACCAGCGAAGUGCAGUUCCCACCAAAGGAACCUUCGUCGCUAGGAACAUUGCACCCUUUCAUGGUCCAACUCGCGGCUCGUACACCCAACUAUACAAUGAUUUCAGGCACUUUGCUACCAGGUUAUCAACCGCAGUAACCCUCUCUACCCUCACAGGUACCCAUUGAUACUCCUGGGUGGAGCUCGGCAAGUGGGGGUAACAUUACUUGCCCGAAGGCACAAUGGGCGCCCAAUUGCAGGCUUCGAACCCGGGACUCUGCACUCGGGAGCUGCAAACCUCCAACCACCAGUCCACACAUCUCAGAUUCAACAUCCUACUGAUUUGGGAGUGCCUAUGUCAUCACUCUCCGGUUUGUGUGUCGCUUCAGUUUAAAUCACGCCCUCUGCACAGAGAGUCACAUGGAACCACAGAACCGGAAGUUAAUGCUUAACUUGGGUGCUCAUCCAGCGGAAUCUUGUAAUCAGUAUCAUGUGCGCGUGUACGACAAAGUCACUUACAAACUGGAUAACUAUGAAGAGACAGGUGGUUGUCGUUACAUGCAUUCCAUACAGGUGCAGUGUACUGGCGUAGGACAGGAUAAUUUUUGUUUAUUCAUGAACUGAAACUCAAACAAUGCUUAGGCACACGCACUCCAUUUUGGGUUUUCACAAACUGAAAUUGUUUUGUCAUUAUUUCCUCAGUUCAGCCGUCAUGGACAGAUUUUUCUGUUUACCACAAGUAAGGGGGUGGAAUUACUUUGUGUCAAGCCUUUGAAACGAGUGAGAUUUGUCAGGAUUUUUAUUUUCUGAUUUCAGGAUUUUUGUCAUCGACAUUUUCCUGAUUUCAAGAUUUUUCAAGCAAUCUCUUUUGAAAAUCUGGAAUAUCCUGAGUUUACCAUGACGGGUGUUUCAUAUAAUAACAGUUGAUAUCGAACACAAGAAAUGGGUACUUUAAGGGGUGCCUUCAAGCAAACAUAAAUGUAUGCCAUAGGCUCAACGCUGUUGUGGGCCCUCCAAACCUCAUGUGAUAAUUUUGUGGAUAUUUCAUUCUCCUCCAAUUACACCCCUGUUCAAAGCAUUUCUCUGAAUGGUAUCUGUGCCAUAUCUUGCAUUUCGGUUCAUGAAAACCCAGAUUACUCUGUUCUGCCUCAGUGUAUAAAGUGCACGCACAAACCCACGUGUUGGUGUGGGAACCAAACCUGGGCAGCUCUGACAAAGUGAGUCUGCACAUUGUAUAUGUGUAGUUGAGUGUGCCAAUGGUGACAAUAGACCUUCAUCACGAUGCCACCAUGUUUGUCUCAAUCCCUGUAGAUCCAUCUGCAAUAGUAAUGCAACUUCACAUACUGAUAGAAGGGAACAGACUAUUUUUCCUUCCAGCCUCAGUUUAGUUGCAUUGCUUCGAAUGGUAAAAAAAAAAAGAUGGCUGCCCCGUGAUUGAGGUCUCUUGAAUAAGCGUAGAGUGUCAUGCAUACAAAGUUAUGCAGGGAUAUUUUAAUUGUAAAUUAAAUUAACAAUUAAAGUGUAACAUACAUGUACACGUCUAUAGAUUUGGUAGUAUUCGGUAUCAGGGCUCGAAAUUAACGGGCGCAGGUAGCUAAAAUGCACCUGUUUGUCUCCGAAAUGCGCCCAUAAAUCAUAAUGAUGGGCACAAGUACUUACACCCGUUUGAUUCCAUGUACAGCUGUACCUGAACAUUUUUACUGUUUGUUUCUACUUUUGUCAUGAAAAAUACCUUAACUUUUUGACUUCACGUGGAUCAGCCUUGUCAUGGAACCAUAACAUGGUACAAUUUUGUUUACGAUGUCACUGAGCGCACGCUGCAGUCUCACAUGCGAUGCACGCACACACAUGAACGGUUACACAUGCAUACCUGCGGCCAGUGUCACGGUUGUAUGGAAACUGGCCCCUCGUGGGUAAAUUCAAGCCAAAUGAGUGGAUUUGGCUUAGACUUAAGUUUCGCUGGU